AUGGGAAGCUUAAAGCUCUCGUUGCUCCCCAUCCUUCUCCUUGCAGUCGUCGCCGCGGUGUCCGGCGAUGAGCUCCGCACGUUCAUUGUCCACGUGCAUCCGCACGAGAGCCACGUGUUCGGCACGACCGACGACCGAACGGCAUGGUACAAGACGUUCCUUCCAGAGGAUGAGCGGCUCGUCCACUCGUAUCACCACGUCGCCAGCGGCUUCGCUGCUCGGCUGACGGAGCAGGAGCUCGACGCGCUGUCCGCCAUGCCCGGGUUCGUCACGGCUCUGCCGAACCAGGUAUACCAGCUGCUGACGACGCACACGCCGCAGUUCCUUGGGCUGGAGCUGCCGCAGAGCGGGAGGAACUACACCUCCGGGUUCGGCGAGGGCGUCAUCAUCGGCAUGCUCGACAGCGGCAUCUAUCCCUUCCACCCCUCCUUCAGCGGCGACGGCAUGCCGCCGCCGCAGGCCAAGUGGAAGGGCCGCUGCAACUUCAACGUCUCGGCGUGCAACAACAAGCUCAUCGGCGCACUGUGUGGCGACGAUUGCACCAGUGCCGACAUCCUCGCCGGCAUCGACGCGGCCGUCGGUGAUGGCUGUGACGUUAUCUCCAUGUCCCUUGGCGGGCCGCCAAGGCCGUUCUACAAAGACAGCAUCGCAAUUGGCACGUUUGCGGCCGUUGAGAAGGGCGUCUUUGUCAGCUUGGCAGCUGGCAACGACGGCCCAAGGGGCACGCUGUCCAACGACGCGCCGUGGAUGCUCACAGUCGCGGCGGGCACCAUGGACCGUCUGAUCGCUGCCCAAGUGCGCCUCGGAAACGGCUCGACAUUCGAAAGCGAGUCGCUUUUCCAGCCCAACAUCUCGACGACCGUCACCUACCCGUUGGUCUACGCGGGCGCCAUUUCAACGCCCGACGCCAAUUUCUGCUUCAACAGCUCACUGGACGGCUUCGACGUCAAGGGCAAGAUCGUGCUCUGCGACCGUGGCAUCGUCGAGAGGCUUGACAAAGGUGCCGAGGUGAAGAGAGCCGGUGGGUUCGGCAUGAUUAUCGCGAACGAGUUCAAAGACGGGUACAGCACCAGCGCCGAGGCGCACGUGCUCCCUGCCUCGCACGUCAGCUACGUCGCCGGCGUUGCCAUCAAGGAGUACAUCAACUCCACGGCGAACCCGGUGGCGCAGAUCAUCUUCAAGGGCACCGUGCUUGGCACGUCGCCGGCACCGGCUAUCACCUCGUUCUCCUCGCGCGGGCCCAGCAUCCAGAACCCCGGCAUCCUGAAGCCUGACAUCACUGGCCCCGGCGUGAGCGUGCUCGCGGCGUGGCCAUUCCGGGUUGGCCCUCCGUCCACAGAGCCGACGUUCAACUUGGAAUCCGGCACGUCCAUGUCCACGCCGCACCUCAGCGCCAUCGCCGCGCUGAUCAAGAGUAAGUACCCGGACUGGUCGCCGUCAGCGAUCAAGUCCGCCAUCAUGACGACCGCUGACCCCGACGACAGAUCGGGGAAACCAAUAGUGGACGAGCAGUACGUGCCGGCCAACUUGUUCGCCACAGGCGCCGGCCAGGUGAACCCCGACAAGGCCCUCGAUCCUGGCCUCGUCUACGACAUCGCGCCCGCCGAGUACAUCGGCUUCCUCUGCGGCAUGUACACGAGCAAGGAGGUGUCGGUGAUCGCGCGCCGCUCGAUCGACUGCUCGACCAUCACGGUGAUCCCGGACCGCAUGCUCAACUACCCAUCCAUCACGGUCACGCUCCCGUCCACGACGAACCCCACGGCUCCGGUCGUGGUGAGCCGCACGGUGAAGAAUGUCGGGGAGGCGCCAGCGGUCUACUACCCCCACGUCGACCUGCCAGCCUCUGUGCAGGUGCAGGUCACUCCGAGCUCGCUGCAGUUCACCGAGGUGAACCAGGCUCAGAACUUCACGGUCUCCGUGUGGCGGGGGCAGAGCACUGACGCCAAGAUUGUGGAGGGCUCGCUCCGGUGGGUGUCUGACAAGCACACCGUGAGGAGCCCCGUCUCCAUCUCCUUCGCCUGA